GAGACUACUAAUGCAGUGCGCCUAAAGGAGCUGCGGUCCAGGGAAUGCCUUAUCGACCACGUCCACACCUCACAAUGAUUCAGACAGAAACGGAGGCUGCAAACUUUUGAGCGGAGGUUGUGUGUGUCUCCUUUGAUUCAUGUGGAGAGACGCUGAAACGUAAGAGUUCCACUAAUUAAUAGGAAACAAAACGCACGGACGCCAAGUCGAAAUAGAGGAAGCGCGUGGAGCGAGUCACAGCAGCCUGCUAGAGGCUUUUAAACCUAAACCACAUCAUUCCCUUCUAUACAGCGUGUACUAUUUGUCUGGGCUCUGUACUGGAAAAAAAGACGUUAUCAUAAUCUUCCAUUCCUCGGCUUUGCUGUGAAGCAUCCGCGAACCCCGCAGUCUGCGCGAGAUGGUUCAGUCCGCCUGCGCGAGUUCGCUCCCGACGCGUAGGGAUUUUUCUCAGCACCGACGCGAAGCGAAUCUUCCCGUGAAAACCGUGUGAUAAUAGUGAUCCGCCGCCGAAACGCACAAAAAAACAACAACAACCCAGCAAACAAACCCGCAAAUCCCUGCCAUGGGCGCCACUUUGAAAGUGGAUGGAGCGGGACUUGUACGGACUGCCUUUGAAUAUGCAGGGAAAUCGGGGAGAAUAAGGGUUUUCGCGCUAAUGAAGGCGGGAGUACCCUCGCAGCCCUGGAACCGGCUUCUGCUCUUGUACAUUAUGCUGCUCACCGCCUCGGUUCACGGCAACGCUCAAAACUGCAGUUAUACAUUAUAUAGUCCAAAUGGGACGAUAGAAAGCCCUGGAUACCCUUACGGAUACCCAAACUAUGCCAAUUGCACAUGGGUGGUUGUGGCACAAGAACACAACCGGAUACAGCUAGUUUUCCAAGGGUUUGCUUUAGAAGAGGACUUUGACAUACUGUCUGUCUAUGAUGGGCAGCCAAGUCCUGGAAACCUACGAACCCGGUUAACAGGCUUCCGGCUUCCUCCUCCAAUAGUCAGCACUGGAGCAAGACUCACACUGUGGCUACUAUCGGACUAUGCUGUGAGUGGCCAGGGCUUCAAAGCAGUAUAUGAAGCUCUUCCUAGCUACACUUGUGGCAACCCCGGGCAGCUGCAGAAUGGCCUCCAGCAGGGCUCCACUUUUAACAUCGGUGAUAAGAUCCGCUACAGCUGCAGCCAGGGUUUUGUUCUGGAAGGCCACGCAGUGCUUUCGUGCCUAGCCACAUCCUCAGGCACGGCUGCUUGGGACUUCCCUCUGCCCUACUGCCGAGCAGACGAUGGCUGUGGGGGAACACUGCGAGGUCAGAGCGGUAUCAUCACAAGCCCAAACUACCCACAGGAGUAUAACAACAAUGCCGACUGCACAUGGACAGUACUGGCUGAGCCAGGUGACACAAUCGCUCUCGUUUUCACCGACUUCCAGCUAGAAGAAGACUACGAUGUCCUGGAAGUCAGUGGUACAGAUGGCUCUGCACAGUGGUUCACGGGUCCUAAUCUCCCCUCACCUAUUAUUAGCAGUAAGAACUGGCUACGUAUCCAUUUUACCACUGAUGGCAACCACAAGCUGAGGGGCUUCAGUGCUCAGUACCAAGUGAAGAAGAUGACAGAGCUGAAGUCCAGAGGAGUGAAGAUGCUUCCAAGUAAAGACAACCACAGCAAGAUUUCAGUGUUGUCCCAGAUGGGUGUGGCGCAAGGACACAACAUGUGCCUGGACCCUGGGAUCCCAGACAGGGGGAAAAGAAAAGGCUCAGACUUCAGACGUGGGGCCACAGUGCACUUCUCCUGUGAUGAAGGUUAUGAGCUGCAGGGCUCCAAGAGCAUCACCUGCAUGCGUGUGACUGACAACUACGUAGGCUGGAGUGACGACCGACCCAUCUGUAGAGCACCCAUGUGUGGAGGCCAGCUCCGAGGCCCAAGUGGUGUCAUCACAUCUCCCAACUUCCCAGUCCAAUAUGAUAACAAUGCCAACUGCACCUGGAUCAUUACUGCUUCAGACCCCUCCAAGGUAAUAAAGUUGACCUUUGAGGACUUUGACCUGGAGCGUGGGUAUGACACUCUAACUGUGGGCGAUGGAGCUGUAAUUGGGGACCAAAGGACUGUCUUUCAUGUGCUGUCAGGAACCAACACUCCAGACCUGGUGGUGAGCACCAGUCAUCAGAUGUGGCUUAAUUUCAAGACAGAUGAUACCAGUGGGUCCUUGGGAUUCAAAGUGUCUUAUGAGGAAAUCGACCAGGGAGGAUGUGGAGACCCUGGGAUUCCAGCCUAUGGCAAGCGAGAAGGAACAGGCUUCAGGCAUGGGGACAGACUGUAUUUUGAAUGCCUACCUGCCUUUGAGCUGGUCGGGAAAAAGAACAUCACCUGUCAAAAGAACAACCAGUGGUCAGCCAAGAAACCCAGCUGUGUGUUCUCAUGCUUCUUCAAUUUCACUACACCAUCUGGAGUUCUGCUUUCACCGAACUACCCUCAGGAGUAUGGGAACAACAUGCACUGCGUGUGGCUGAUCAUCGCUAAGCCUGAGAGCAGGAUCAACCUGGCCUUCAAUGACCUGAGCAUGGAAAAGCAGUUUGACUUCCUGUCCAUCAAAGACGGGGGAAAGGCUGAGUCACCCAUUUUGGGAAGCUUUUCUGGAGAUGUUCUUCCAUCGCCCAUCACCACAAGUGGACAUGUAGCACGGCUGGAGUUUCUCACUGAUCACACAUAUACUGAUCGUGGCUUCAACAUCACCUUUACCACAUUUCGCCACAAUGAGUGCCCCGAUCCUGGAGUGCCGGUCAAUGGGAAGCGCUUUGGUGAGAAUUUGCAGCUGGGUAGUUCUAUCUCUUUCCUGUGUGAGGAGGGUUUUGUGAAGACCCAUGGCUCCCAGACCAUAUCCUGUAUCCUCAAAGAUGGCAACGUGGUGUGGGACAAUGCUGUGCCACGCUGUGAAGCUCCAUGUGGUGGAGAUUUGAAAGCCCCCAGCGGCAUCAUUCUGUCCCCUGGCUGGCCUGAGCUAUAUAAAGAGGCUCUCAACUGCGAGUGGAUCAUCGAGGCUCCACCUGGAUACCCAAUCAAGAUCAUCUUUGACAAGUUUCGAACAGAGGUUAACUAUGAUGUAUUGGAGGUGCGGGAUGGGCGCUAUCCCUCUUCGCCCCUCAUUGGUAGUUACCAAGGUACCCAAGUGCCUCAGUUUCUCAUUAGCACCUCCAACUUCCUGUACCUGCUCUUUUCGACGGACAAGAGCCAUUCAGACAUUGGCUUCCGGAUCCGAUAUGAAACCUUGCAGCUGCAGUCUGACCACUGUGUUGAUCCUGGGAUUCCAGUCAAUGGUCAACGCCAUGGCAAUGAUUUCUAUGUGGGCGCACUUGUGACCUUUAGCUGUGAUGCAGGAUACACCCUCAGUGACCCCGAGCCGCUAGAAUGCGAGCCCAACUUCCAGUGGAAUCGUCCCCUUCCCAGCUGUGAUGCACUUUGUGGCGGGUUUAUUCAGGGAAACUCGGGCACUAUUCUGUCGCCUGGUUUUCCAGACUUCUACCCCCACAACCUCAAUUGUACCUGGAUGAUCGAGACCUCACAUGGCAAAGGUGUCCAGUUCACCUUCCACACCUUUCAUUUGGAGAGCCCUCAUGACUGUCUCCUGGUGACAGAGAAUGGUAGUUUUUCUCAGCCGCUUUGGAGGCUGACCGGCUCCAUCCUGCCUCCUCCUCUGAGUGCCGGUCUGUUCGGGAACUACACUUCUCAGAUCCGCUUCCUCUCUGAUUUUUCUGUGUCUUACGAGGGCUUCAACAUCACCUUCUCAGAGUAUGAUCUAGAGCCAUGUGAAGACCCUGGCGUGCCUCCCUUCAGUACUCGUAAGGGGCUGCAGUUUGGCGUAGGUGAUGCUCUCUUCUUCUCCUGCUUUCCUGGAUACCGGUUGGAGGGGCCGGCAAAGGUGGUGUGUUUAGGGGGGCGGCGGCGGGUCUGGAGUUCCCCUCUCCCAAGGUGUGUUGCUGAAUGCGGUUCCUCUGUGACUGGGAAACAAGGCGUCCUCCUGUCUCCAAACUACCCUGGCUACUAUGGCAACAAUCACGAGUGCAUCUACUCCAUCCAGACCCAGCCUGGCAAAGGCAUUCAGCUUCGGGCUCGAGACUUCCGCCUGGAGGAUGAUGACAUGCUAAUGGUGUAUGAUGGAAGCAGUAACCGUGCUCGUUUGCUCGGUGUCUUCAUGGGCACAGAGCUAAUGGAAGUGACGCUGAACAGCACAUCCAGCACUAUGUGGCUGGAGUUUAUCAGUAACAGUGAGAACACCAGCAAAGGUUUUGAGCUGCACUUCACCAGUUUUGAUCUGGUGAAAUGUGAGGAUCCAGGCAUGCCUCAGUUUGGCUAUAAGCUCGAGGACAAGGGUCACUUUGCAGGAAGCACAGUGUCGUACAGCUGUGAUCCUGGAUAUACCUUAAAGGGUAAUGAGGUGCUGACAUGUCUCAGAGGGGAGAGAAGAGCCUGGGACAGCCCUCUACCACAGUGUAUAGCUGAGUGUGGUGGGUCGAUCAAGGACGAGCCUGCAGGUCGCAUCCUGUCUCCAGGUUACCCAGCACCCUAUGAGCACAACCUGCACUGUGUGUGGACCAUUGAGGCUCCACCUGGAAGCACCAUUGGGCUGCACUUUCUGGUUUUCCACACGGAGGAGGUGCAUGAUGUGUUGCGGAUCUGGGAUGGGCCUCAGGAUGGUGGUGUACUUCUCAAAGAGUUGAGCGGCUCCACACUGCCUCUGGACCUCCAUAGCACCUUCAACUCUAUCAGCCUGCAGUUCACUACUGACUUUUUCACCAGCAAGCAAGGCUUUGCUCUGCAGUUCUCAGUGUCCACAGCUACAUCCUGUAACGACCCUGGGUUUCCUACUAAUGGCACACGCAGUGGGGACAGUAAAGUGCCAGGGGACUAUGUGCUGUUCCAGUGUGAUCCUGGUUAUGUUCUACAGGGAGCCAAUAAGAUCACCUGCACUGAGAUCAACAACCGUUUCUUCUGGCAACCUGAACCACCCACCUGCUCAGCUCCAUGUGGAGGGAACCUGACUGGCCCAAGUGGGCUGAUUUUAUCCCCCGAAUACCCCGAGCCCUACCCUCAUGGCAGAGAGUGUGACUGGACAGUCACUGUCACCCAAGACUACAUCAUCUCCCUCACUUUCAACCACUUUAGCCUAGAGCCCAGCUAUGACUUCCUGCACAUCUACGAUGGACCUGACUCUCUAAGCCCACUGUUGGGAAGCUUCUAUGGCACUGAUGUCCCAGACCACAUAGAGAGUAGCUCGAAUAGGCUUUUCCUGGCCUUCCGAAGUGAUGCCUCACUUAGCAGCAAUGGCUUUGUCCUGCAGUACACAGAGAACCCCAGAGAGUCGUGCUUCGAACCAGGUCUUGUCCGGAAUGGCACUCGAAUUGGUACAGAGUUGAAGCUUGGUUCCACGGUCACUUACUACUGUGAUAGCGGCUAUACGCUGGAGGGAGAAGCCAUCCUCACCUGUGUGAUGGGGGCAGACAGCAAACCCACCUGGAACAAACCAAAACCUGUUUGCAUAGCUCUGUGUGGUGGCCAGUACUCUGGGCUGGAGGGAGUCGUGCUCUCCCCUGGCUAUCCUGGAAACUACAGCGGUGGGAGAACGUGUCUCUACUCAGUGGCUGUGCCCAACGAUUAUGUGGUCUUCAGCCAGUUUGCCUUCUUCCAGACGGCACUGAAUGAUGUGGUCGAAGUUUACGACGGUCCAACGCAACAUGCCCGCGUCUUGAGCUCACUCUCAGGGUCUCACUCAGGUGAGUCCCUGCCACUGGCCACCUCCAAUCAGAUCCUCAUCCGCUUCACCUCUAAAGGACACUCUUCAUCCAGAGGCUUUCACCUCGUCUACCAAGCCGUCCCAAGAACCAGUGCGACUCAGUGCAGCUCGGUUCCAGAGCCCAGGCACGGGAGACGCACAGGAAACAACUUUGCUGUAGGAGCUGUGGUGCGAUUUGAAUGUAAUGCAGGCUAUGUGCUGGAAGGCCCCAGUGCCAUCGAGUGCCUGACAGUGCCUAAUGCCCUGGCACAGUGGAACAACACCAUCCCCAGCUGUAUAGUUCCCUGCGGAGGAAAUCUGACCCAGCGCACAGGCACCAUUCUGUCUCCUGGUUACCCUGAGCCCUAUUUAAACAGCCUGAGCUGUGUGUGGAAAAUCACUGUGCCGGAGGGAUCGGGGAUACAGAUCCAGGUGAUCAGCUUUGUGACUGAGCAGAACUGGGACUCACUGGAGGUGUUUGACGGGGGUGACAACACUGACGCCAUGCUGGGGAGCUUCUCAGGAACCUCAGUGCCAGCACUUUUGAACAGCACAUCCAACCAGCUGUACCUGCACUUCUUCUCAGACAUCAGUGUGUCAGCGGCUGGCUUCAGGCUGGAGUACAAGACGGUCUCCCUCACAAGCUGUCCUGAACCGGUUAUACCUAUGAAUGGUUUCAAAGUGGGAGAGCGUUUACAGAUGAACAAUGUCGUGUCCUUCCUGUGUGAUCCUGGAUAUACUUUACAGGGAGUGUCACAUAUCACCUGCAUGCCAGGAACUGUGCGGCGCUGGAAUUAUCCUCCACCACUCUGCAUUGCACAGUGUGGGGGGAUCAGAGAAGAGAUGGAAGGAACCAUCCUGAGUCCUGGUUUCCCUGGAAACUACCCUAGCAACAGUGACUGCACUUGGAGGAUCUACCUACCAGUUGGCUAUGGAGCCCACAUACAGUUUCUUAAUUUCUCAACCGAGGCGAACCAUGACUUUCUGGAGAUCAGGAACGGCCCUUUUGACACUAGUACUGUGAUUGGCCGAUUCAGUGGGCAGGAUAUCCCGGCAUCUCUUCUUACUACGUCCCAUGAAACUACAGUGUAUUUCCACAGUGAUCAUUCCCAGAACAAACCAGGAUUCAGAUUUGAUUAUCAGGCAUAUGAGCUCCAAGAAUGUUCAGACCCAGAGCCUUUUCACCAUGGAGUGGUGGUGGGUGCUGGGUACAAUGUAGGCCAGUCCAUCUCCUUCGAGUGUUACCCUGGAUAUCAACUAAUGGGUCAGUCCAUUCUCACCUGCCAACAUGGUACAACCCGCACCUGGGAUCAUCCCUUUCCUCGGUGUGAAGUGCCAUGUGGAGGGAAUAUUGCAUCAGACAACGGAACCAUCUUUUCUCCUGGUUAUCCGGAGGAGUACCCAAGCUCUGCGGACUGCACAUGGCUAAUCACGGUGGCCCCGGGCUUGGGCGUGCGCCUUAAUUUUACCCUGCUGCAGGUUCAUGGGCCCCAUGACUUCAUCACUGUGUGGGAUGGACCACAGGAAAAUGCACGAAAGCUUGGUGUAUUUACAGACAGUGAGCCUAAUGACCCGCCCAGCAGCACAUCCAAUCAGAUCCUUAUACGGUUCCGCAGCAACUCAGAAAAAGGCGGACUUUUCAAGAUCAACUACCAAGCCUACAGACUCCAGUUUUGCUUACCCCCUCCCAUCAUCCCCAAUGCAGAAAUCCUGAUGGCCAGCAAAGAGUUCAAAAUAGGUGAUAUAGUGCGCUACAGAUGUUUACCUGGGUACCACCUCAAUGGGAACAGCAUUUUAACCUGCCGUCUGGGCACACACCUGGAGUUUGAAGGACCUCCACCUUCGUGUGAUGUGAUGUGUCCAAUGAAUGAGGUGCUGACAGCCUCUACAGGAGUGAUUCUGAGUCAAUCCCCAGGCAGUGGCUUCCCCCACUUUGAGUCCUGCUCCUGGAUAGUGAAGGUGGAGCCAGGCUACAACAUCACCUUCACUAUUGAACACUUCCAAACCAGCAGACAGUUUGAUGAGCUUGAAAUCUUUGACGGUCCAUCCAGACAGAGUCCUCUUCUCAUCACUCUAAGCGGGAACUACUCAUCACCACUCGGCAUCACCAGCUCUUCCAAUAAAGUCUACCUGCACUGGUCUUUUGAUCACACCUCCAGCCACAAAGGCUUUCGAAUCCGCUACUCAGCGGCCUACUGCAGUACCCCUAACUCUCCAGUGAAUGGCUCAGUGCACAGCCAGACAGGCACAAAACUGGGCAGUACAUUGCGCUUCAGCUGUGACCAAGGCUUCCGCUUGGUUGGCCAGAGCAGUGCCACCUGCACCCGCACCCCACAAGGCAUCUACCAGUGGAAUGCUCCUGUACCCCUCUGCCAAGUGGUAUCAUGUGGAAUGCCCAUGGCUCCAGUGAAUGGCAGUGUGGUUGGUCAGGAUUUUACUCUUGGUUUAAGGGUCACAUUCAGAUGUAACCCAGGUUUCCGACUAGCCAACACCUUACCUGUAUCAACUGUUUGUCAAGAGUCAGGGAGGUGGAGUCCUAUGGAAACACCACCCCGCUGCAUACCUGUCACCUGCCCUGACAUCGGCCACUCAGCAGUAGAGCAUGGGAGAUGGAGGCUUAUAUAUGGCAUGCAGAAUCAGUAUGAGGCAUUGAUGAUGCUCACCUGUGACCCUGGGUACUUCUACAAGGGUCAAAGGGUCAUUCGUUGCCAGGCCAACAGCACCUGGGAUUACCCUGAACCCAGACCUGCAUGUGAAAUUAUCUCUUGUGGAGACCUUGGAACUCCACCCAAUGGAAAUAAGAUUGGUACUCUGACUGUAUUUGGAGCAACAGCCAUUUUCUCCUGUAACACAGGCUACACUCUAGUGGGCUCCAGGGUGAGAGAAUGCAUGGCCAAUGGCUUGUGGAGUGGAUCCGAGGUCCAAUGUCUUGCUGGGCACUGUGGCUCUCCUGACCCCAUAGUUAAUGGGCAGAUAAUUGGUGAGAACUAUAAUUACAGGGGCAGCGUGGUUUACCAGUGUAACCCUGGGUUCAGACUCAUUGGCGUUUCAGUUCGGAUAUGUGAGCAAGAUCACCGCUGGUCUGGAAAACCACCUGUUUGUGUCCCUAUCACAUGUGGACAUCCAGGAAAUCCUGCCAAUGGUGUGACCCAGGGAACACACUUCAACCUUAAUGACAUAGUUCGCUUUGCCUGCAGUACUGGCUAUGUCUUACAGGGGGCCGUUAAUUCUCAUUGCCAAUCCAAUGGGCAGUGGAGCAACUCCCUGCCCAGAUGUAGAAUUGUGAACUGCACAGAGCCUGGGCAUGUGGAGAACAGUGUGAGACAGGUCCUGCCCAGCGGGCCUCAUCGCUACAGCUUCCAGACUACAGCCUCUUACACAUGCAAUCCAGGAUACUACCUGCUGGGCACCAGCACUCUGACAUGCCAGGGCGAUGGCACCUGGGAUCGAUCACUACCCAAGUGUCUCUUGGUGCUGUGUGAUCAUCCCAGCAUGCCUCCUUAUGCACAGAUCUCAGGGGAAAGGAGAACGGUGGGCUCAGUGAUCCGCUACAGCUGCAUGGGCCAGCGUGCCAUUGUAGGCAACACCACCCGUGUGUGCCAGCUGAAUGGCCAGUGGAGUGGCUCUCCGCCACACUGUACUGGUGAUUCUGGAGGCAGAUGUGGUGACCCUGGCGUGCCAGUGCAUGGUAUUCGUCUGGGAGAGCAGUUCUCUGUGGAAAGUGUGGUGCGCUUCAGCUGUGAGCCAGGUUAUGUGCUUCGUGGUUCUUUAGAGCGGACCUGCCUGGCCAAUGGCACCUGGCUGGGCACGCAGCCUGAGUGCCAGGUUGUGUCUUGUGGUAAUCCCGGCACUCCUCGGAACGCUUUGAUCCAGUUCCAUGAUGGGCUGAUCUUCUCCCGCUCCAUUACAUAUGCAUGCAGAGAGGGUUACUAUUCCACUGGCCUGCUCACACGCCACUGCACCGUCAACGGAACAUGGACUGGAGACAUGCCUGAGUGUACAGUUAUUAACUGCGGAGACCCAGGGGUGCCUGCAAAUGGUCUGCGACUAGGCAAUGACUUCACAUAUGGUAGCACUGUUAGCUUCCAGUGUUCCCCAGGCUUCACCAUGGAUGCUGACCGUGCCUCCACACUCGUAUGCACAAAGGAUCGCACUUGGAAUGGCACCAAGCCUGUGUGUAGAGCAAUUGUUUGUGGAGCUCCACCCAGUAUUCCUAAUGGCCAAGUGGUAGGAACUGACUUCCAGUGGGGCUCCAGCAUCAGUUACACCUGCAACCAAGGCUAUCAACUCUCUCUGCCCACUGUACUCACCUGCCAGGGCUCUGGCAACUGGAGUGGUGAAAGGCCACAGUGUUUCCCUGUUUUCUGUGGGGAUCCAGGAAUCCCAGCUCAGGGCCGGCGUGAGGACCGAGGAUUCACUUACCUUUCCUCUGUGUUCUUCUCCUGCUUUCCACCUCUGGUACUGGUUGGCUCCACACGGAGAUACUGCCAGUAUGAUGGUACCUGGAGUGGGACCCAGCCGUCUUGUAUAGAUCCGAGUCACACCAGCUGUGUGGAUCCUGGAACACCCCUGUUUGGAUCUCAGAACAACACUCAAGGAUACCAGAUUGGGAGUACAGUUUUCUAUAGCUGCAGAAAGGGUUACCUGCUCCUUGGCUCCAUCUCUCGUACCUGCCUGCCCAACCUCACUUGGAGUGGCAUGUCACCAGAGUGUAUUGCUCAUCACUGUAGUCAGCCUGAACUUCCAGCACAGGCAGAUGCUAGAGCCAUAGAACUGCCGUCUCUGGGUUACACUCUCAUCUACACCUGUCAGCCUGGCUUUUAUUUAGCUGGAGGCUCUGAACACCGCACAUGCAGACCUGAUGGCAGCUGGACUGGCAAGCCACCACUAUGUGCAGCUGAUAACAGACCAAGUGGGAAAACAGUUGGAACAGUGCAAGAGCCACCCAACACAAAACUUCAGGUGCCUAGUGGAGUGUUUGCUCGGAACUCACUGUGGAGGGGCUCAUAUGAGUACCUUGGGAAGAAGCAGCCAGCAAUGCUUAGCAUUACUGCUUUCGAACCGUUCAGUAACCGGGUCAAUGGCACCCUAAUGGACCAUAGUGGAGUGCAGCUCAAUCUGGCUGGAACCUAUAAGAGAGAAGAGGCCCAUUUGUUGCUCCAGGUCUAUCAGAUCCGAGGGCCAGUGGAAAUCUUUGUCAACAAAUUCAAAAUCGACAACUGGGCCCUGGAUGGACAUGUGUCAUAUAUUCCUUCAUCUAACUCCUUUGUGUAUCAAGGAUUUGUUCGAGGAAAAGGAUUUGGCCAGUUUGGGCUUCAGAGGCUUGAGGGGCUGGACACAAAUGGGGAGAAUCCCAGCUACAAUUUUGCCUCUAAUAGCAGUUCAGUGGCAGCAGCCAUCUUAGUGCCUUUUAUAGCCAUGAUUAUAGCAGGAUUUGCUCUGUACCUCUACAAACACAGAAAAAGACCCAAAGUACCCUUCAAUGGCUAUGCCGGCCAUGAAAACACCAAUGGAAGAGCAACGUUUGAAAACCCCAUGUACGACCGUAAUAUCCAGCCCACAGACAUCAUGGCAAACGAGUCUGAAUUUACAGUCAGCACAGUCUGCACAGCUGUAUAGCCACUGCUUUCUCCACAGGUUGACAUCGAAUUUUCAUCCCUGCCCACUCAAGUGCCCCCACAAGCAGGAACAGGCUGUGUGGGCGAGCUGAAAAACAAGAAUGGAAGCCUAUUUUCAUUUACUGAAAAGAUUCUAACAAUUAUAGUCAAAAGAGAUCACACCCUGAUGAAGAAGCAGGAACAAUUCUGAACAAGAAAACACACUUGUUCCUUAGUGACAAACACAGCAGUGUCUGUUAUCGCAAACUCUCUCUCUGUUCUUAUAUGUCGGCUGUGUCUCUUUUGUUUUUCUGGGGAGAGAUUUCAUGAAACUUUGGCAUGGCAGAGAGGACGCUUGCGAUUCUGUCACUCACAGAAAAACAAGAGAAAGAGACAUGGCGAUUUGAUGGGGUUUCAGUAGCCAGAGGCUGACAUGCGCUGUUUCUUCUGGGUGAACUGGGAUUUGGGAAGAGUCUUGCUAUGGGCAGAACUAGUGAGAAGAACACCCUGGACAGUCAGAGCUUCAUUUUGCUUUUCUCCAUGGAAUGCAUUUUGGUUGUUGUUUUUUCUUCCGUGCACACAAUGAAGCUGCAAGAUUGCGGAUAAGUGCAGACUUUGUUCACAUUACUGGAUAGCUCUGGCUGACACUUUCAAUAUCGAUUCCUGUGAAAUUUUCACCUGAAGCCACAGAGCCUUGAAUUGAAUUGGAAUGAGAUUUUGAGGCUUAUUAGAAGACAGGGAUUCUAUCAUUAGCACCCUUCUCUACUUGUUCCAACCCAGAGGAAUGAGUGUUCUCUCUGCAGCAUUUCGCCAGCCUGGCUGAGAUUGGACACGCUGCAUAUGCCCCUAAGGAGAACACUGGGGAAGAAUGUUGGGGGUAAAAUAUGAAAGGAAAGCUGGCUUUAGGCAAUUCAUCUUUUUUUGUUGCACCGACAUCUACAGACAGAAAUUUAAUGGCACAUUGAAGACUUGGAUGGUAUCUACAUUCCUCAAUGUGGGGCAACAGCCUUAUUAUUCCCUCAUCUGUAAUUAGAGUGCAGUUCCAUUCACUAAUAUUUUGAAAACGAGCGUGCUCUGGAUGCUCAGGUCUAGGGAAUUUUGGACAGUGGGAUGAAGUCUGCUAGUGGGAACUGUGUCAACGGGAUGAAGUCUUUAGAGGGCUGUGACAUCUGUUAUUUAAAUAUCUUUACUUUCUUUUCGGAAAGGUUAUCUAAAGUGCAGAGUCUGUCGAUUCCUGUAUGUCUCAAUACAGGAAUACGCUGUAGCAAGUAUGCAUUGUCAAGGCAAACUUUGAUCGCAGUCAUGUAGGUUCUGCUCUUCUUUUGGUUUUAGUCAAUGGAGCAAGCAAGAAAUUGGGAUUCUUUUCCAGCGAAGUGUUCCCAGCAAAGUGUUACAUUCUCAUUAUAACAUACUGUAUUUAAAAAAAAAAAAAAAAAAAAAAAAAAUUGUCAUGACACAUAUUGUUUUUUCCUCCAUUUAAACAUCAGGAAAAAUUAUAUCAACAUAUUUAAAUAGUACAGGCAGAUUCCCAAAAGCUAAUUACUGGAUGAUAAUAGAACAUUUCUGAGUCCGUUUCAGUUUAAAUAAUUAUCAUAAACAAGGUACCUGGUUCGAUAAUGAGCUUGGGUUACUGUCUAUGUGGCACGGUCUCUGUGGUACGGACACAUGGUCAUGUGUCCUUGUGAUUUUCCUCCAGAUUCCUCCGACCUCCCAAAAACAUGCUUGUUAUUGAAUUGGCUCUGUGAAAUUACUCCAAAAUGUGAAUGUGUGUGCAUGGAACCCUGCAAUAUACUGACGUCUAUUCCAGAAUAUAUUCUUGCCUCAUGUCCAGUGUUCCCAGGAUAGGCUCCGGAUCCACUGUGACCUGACCAGUAUAAAGCACUUACUGAAGAUGAAUAAAUGAAAGAAUUUAGGCCAGUGACAGAAACAUGACACAGUUUUUAAUUGCAUUGUCUGGGCGAGUCAGUGAAAGAAGUAAUACAAUUAUAAAAAAAUCAAGUGAUUUUUUUUUUUUCUUAUCGGGUGGAUGGUUAGAACACUACAAUGUGUUGUGGGUAUGCUUAAAUAUUCAGUGGGGUUGGUGAGUCAUCAAGGUUGCACUUGAGACCUGAACAGAAAUCAGAUCAGUUUGACUCCAUUUUAUUGUCAUCCUUUCAUCAAGCUUUAGUUUUUUCAAAUACUUCUGACACAUUGAUACCUGCCUACAAAGAUAAAUAUUAGGGUAUACAAAGAUAUGAAUUUCUGACCAUCAUGUCUCUUUGCUUUAAUCAUAACUUUCUUUUUGUACAUUCUUUUUUUCUUCUUCUUCUACAUAAAGCCCUGAAUUUAUCUAUUGCUUACUUUAUUUGGCCCACAUUUUCAAUGAGUGUUUAAAACCCCUGCUAUUAUUUGCUAAAAAAAAAAAAAAAAAAAAAAA